CAACAGCACCCACCACUGCCCUGCACCACCCUCACACACCACGAUAGAGCACCACACAGCACGCGCUAAAGCUAGUCUGGCAUGGGGUAGGCCAGGCCCAAGACAGUCAGCCAGUCCCGUCCCACCGUCCCAAGGUACCUAAACGGAGGGAGGGGGUGGGCGGACUGUUGCGGUGGAAUCCAUGGAGGGGAUCCAACCAACCAACCAAAUCACGUACAGGAAUAAUUAUAUAUACGCAUCGCAUCUCGCCUCCUCUAUUUUCACAACAUCUCAUCCAACCCACUCCAUCAGAUUCCCAUCUCUCCCUUCCUCUCCUCUUUUCUCCAUCCUCCAUCAUGAACCCUAUCCCCAUGGCUAGCGGAUCUGCUACACCACUACUCGCAAAGCGCUUUAGCCCUACCGAGUACGCCGCAUUAUACAUGGACGACACAUCACCCAGAGACACUACGGGAUAUUCACCACCUCCCACCAGUCUCCCAUCCUCUGUCGACCCCUCCAGUCCCCAAACACCAGAAUUCACCAUGAUGACGCCCCAGGAAGAAAAGCCACAGCUGUACUGGGACACCACCUCGCAAACUACGGCGGCGCGCCACCACCAAAUGGAAAUGACAGCGGCCAAGCUCAAGGCCCUUGCGCUGGCUGGCCAAAGACGGGUUAGCGCGCUGGAGCAGGAAAACAAGCACCUCAAGGCCGCGCUGGCAGGCGGCAUCUUUCGCGGCUGCAUGCAGUCCUAUCAGAAGCGAUUUCCGCAGGACCAGCAGCAAGGUCCACCAGACUUUUCACAAAUGGUCUUAUCCGUUACCGUCAUGGUGAAUAAUCAAAGCGUGGACCCUACUAGCGGCAGUGGCAUGGCGCAAGAUUGGCAACAGCAACAGCAGCAGGGGGCCAUGUUAACAGCAAGCCAUUUUAAAACAACAAUGAGCGAGAUUCAGCAAUGCAUGAACCCGACAGACUUGGAAAUGAUUGCUAGCAUGGGAGCUACCACCCAAGAACAGCCGUCGAUACCGCAAGACGGGUAUUUCAGCGACGAUGGGGGCCAGCAACAGCAGCAGGCUACGUUACAGGCUGACUUUCAAUUAUAAUUAAAACAACAGAUUGCAUAGUACGGAUGGGGAGCAGAGUUUAUUAGAUUUUCUUUUUCAUUUGCAGGCAUAUAUACGUUGGUUGGCGUUUUACUUCUUUUUUUCAUAUACAAUAUCAAGAAUAAUUUUAAAACACGCUCUAUUUUCAACAUUUGCUGUGAAUCAAUCACAAGGAGGGGUAGCUAUUGUAGGUAGCUAAGAGCACU